AUGUCGACCGUGGUAGCUCAGUCUCAGCACGUCUUUGGCCUUCGAGCCCACGUGACCAACAAUGUCUUCUUCUUCGAUGAGCAGAUUGUGAUAUUUCCUUCAGGCAAUUACUGUGUAAAGUACAAUGUGGAUCAGAAAUGGCAAAAAUUCAUUCCAGGCUCAGACAAGAGUCAGGGAAUGUUGGCCUUGGCCAUCAGUCCCAAUCGGCGAUACCUUGCAAUCUCUGAGACAGUGCAAGAAAAGCCUAUGAUCACCAUAUAUGAACUGUCAGCCAUUCCUUGCCGGAAGCGAAAAAUCCUCACUUCUUUUGACUUUCCAGUUCAGAAAUUUACCUCCAUGGCUUUUUCUCCAGACUCCAAGUAUCUGUUGACUCAGACCUCACCUCCAGAGUCAAACCUUGUCUACUGGAUGUGGGAGAAACAGAAAGUAAUGGCCAUUCUUAGAGUUGAUUCUCAGCACAACGUUGUCUACCAGGUAAGCUUCAGUCCCCAGGAUAACACUCAUUUGUGUGUUACUGGAGCUGGGAUAUUUAAGAUCCUCCGCUUUGCCGAGGGACUUCUGAAGCAAACUAAUUUUCAGAGGGGAGAACCUCAAAACUACCUAGCCCACACCUGGGUGUCUGAGGACAAGAUUAUUGUGGGCACUGACACCGGCAGGAUCUUCCUCUUUGAAUCUGGUGAUCUACGCUGGGAGACAAACAUAAUGGUCAAGGAAGCUGUCAGCGACAACAAGAACCUGAAAGCGAUCCAGGAAUCAGAGAGCCUGAUCCACUUUCCAGGCCUCAGCUCCCCCGUGCCCUCCUAUGAGCAGGUGGAGAUGAACAACAACGGCAACCUCCAGAUGUCCUUGCCCCAGGUGUUCGCCAUGGCCUCCUACUCCAAGGGGUUUGCCUGCUCUGCGGGGCCAGGGAGGGUCCUGAUGUUUGAAAAAACAGAGAAGAAUUUUUUCCGGGAGAGCAGGGAAAUCCGGAUUCCUGUGGACCUGCAGAGCAAUGACCCAAGUCAAUCUGACAAGCAGGACAUCCUCUGUAUGAACUUCAGCCCAUCUGAGGAAACUCUGGUUGUCAGCACCAACAAGAACCAACUCUUCAUCAUCACCAUGUCGCUGACGGAGAUCAGCAAGGGAGAGCCUGCUCACUUUGAGUAUCUGCUGUACCCAUUACACUCAGCAUCCAUCACCGGUCUAGCUACUUGCAUCCGCAAACCCCUCAUUGCUACCUGUUCCCUGGAUCGAUCUGUACGCAUCUGGAAUUAUGACUCCAACACUCUGGAACUCUACAGGGAAUACCAAGAAGAGGCAUAUGCAAUCAGUCUUCACCCCUCUGGUCACUUCAUUGUUGUAGGAUUUGCUGACAAACUACGCCUCAUGAAUCUGCUCAUUGAUGAUAUUCGUUCUUUCAAAGAUUACUCUGUCCGAGGGUGCCGAGAGUGUGCCUUCAGCAAUGGUGGUCACCUAUUUGCUGCCGUCAGUGGAAAUGUGAUUCUCAUUUUUACUACCACCAGCUUGGAGAACAUCUCAAACCUUAAAGGACAUACUGGGAAGAUUCGUUCAGUUGUGUGGAAUGCAGAUGACAGCAAGCUGAUUUCCUGUGGCACAGACGGUGCUGUCUAUGAGUGGAACCUGUCGUCUGGAAAGAGAGAGACAGAAUGUGUGCUCAAGUCCUGCAGCUACUACUCCGUCACCAUCUCCCCCGAUGGCAAGUGUAUCUUUGCUGUCGGGUCGGACCAGACCCUCAAGGAGAUUGCAGAUUCUUUGGUCCUUCGAGAGAUUCCUGCCUUUGAUGUCACCUACACAGCCAUCGCCAUCUCCCAUUCUGGCCGCAUGCUGUUUGUAGGCACCUCAGCAGGGACUAUUCGUGCCAUGAAGUACCCUCUGCCCAUGCAGAAAGAAUUCAACGAGUACCAGGCCCAUGCAGGUCCUAUCACCAAGAUGAUGCUCACCUUUGAUGACCAGUUCCUGCUGACCACGGCUGAGGAUGGCUGCCUUUUCACCUGGAAGGUCUUUGAUAAGGAGGGCCGGGGCAUCAAGCGAGAGAGGGAGGUGGGCUUUGCCGAAGAGGUGCUUGUGACUAAAACAGACAUGGAAGAGAAGGCUCAGAUUAUGUUGGAACUGAAGACACGUGUAGAAGAAUUAAAAAUGGAGAGUGAAUACCAACUGCGGCUGAAGGAUAUGAACUACUCAGAGAAGAUUAAGGACCUCACAGAAAAGUUCCUCCAAGAAAUGGAGUCCUUGAAGACGAAAAACCAGAUUUUAAGAACAGAGAAGGAAAAGCAGGAUGUGUUCCAUCAGGAGCGCCUUGAAGACCUCCUGGAGAAGCAGAGCCGGGAAUUGCAGGACCUGGAAUGUUGUAACAACCAGAAGCUGCUGUUAGAAUAUGAGAAGUACCAGGAAUUGCAGCUCAAGUCCCAGAGGAUGCAAGAAGAUUAUGAGAAACAGCUUCGGGAUACCGAUGAGACCAAGAGCCAGGCCCUGGAGGAGCUGACUGAAUUUUAUGAGGCCAAGUUGCAGGAGAAAAGCACCCUUCUGGAAGAGGCCCAGGAGGAUGUUAGGCAGCAGUUGCGGGAAUUUGAGGAGACCAAGAAGCAGAUAGAAGAAGAUGAAGACCGAGAAAUUCAAGAUAUCAAAACCAAGUAUGAGAAGAAGCUUCGAGAUGAAAAGGAAGCAAAUCUGCGGCUCAAGGGAGAAACUGGCAUCAUGAGGAAGAAGUUCAACACCCUGCAGAAAGAGAUUGAGGAGCGGACCACUGACAUUGAUGCGAUGAAGGGAGAGCAGGUGAAGCUGCAAGGAGUUAUCAAGUCCCUGGAGAAGGACAUCCUCGGCCUCAAGCGGGAAAUCCAGGAGAGAGAUGACACCAUUCAGGAAAAGGAGAAGCGAAUCUAUGAACUGAAAAAGAAAAACCAAGAACUAGAGAAAUUCAAAUUUGUGCUGGACUACAAAAUAAAGGAGCUGAAGAAGCAAAUAGAACCUCGAGAGAAUGAAAUCAAGGUGAUGAAGGAGCAGAUUCAGGAGAUGGAAAACGAGCUCGAGCGUUUUCAUAAGCAGAACACGCAACUGGAGCUGAACAUCUCAGAACUGUGGCAGAAGUUAAAAGCUAGCGACAAGGAGCUGCGCAAGGAGCGGCAGAAGGAACGGGACACAGAAGCGCUGGUCAGACGAUUCAAGACAGAUCUUCACAACUGUGUGGCCUACAUCCAAGAGCCCAGGCUGCUGAAGGAGAAGGUCCGAGGCCUCUUUGAGAUGUACGUGCAGCGGGCAGACAUGGUGGAGAUUGCGGGGCUGAACGCAGACCUGCAGCAGGAGUAUGCCAGGCAGCGAGAGCACCUAGAGCGCAACCUGGCCACGCUGCGGAAGAAGGUGAUCAAGGAGAAUGACCUGCACCGCACCGACUAUGUCCGCAUCAUGCAGGAGAAUGUCUCUCUUAUCAAAGAGAUUAAUGAGCUUCGCAAGGAGCUGAAGUUGACCCGAUCCCAAGUCUAUGAUCUUGAAGCUGCUCUGAAACUAAUGAAGAAAAUGCGUCUGCCAGAGGUUCCAGAGACAGUGCCCAAUGACGACGUGCCCAGCAAACAGCCCACCAGGAGACUAAACGAGCAAGAAGAAAUGGUGAGAAUCAUUGAGACGCAGCGCCUGGAAAUCCGCCGUCUCCGAGACCAGAUCCAGGAGCAGGAGCAGGUCCCGGGCUUCCAGGCCAUCUCCAACAUCCGGCUCCCGUCCAUCAUUAGCACCGAAGUGGACACUGAGGACUGA